AUGCCCUCCUCCAAACCCCCUCCCUCCUCGUCCCGUCCCCGUCCACAGGGAGGCGAUAGAAAGUCGGCUGCAGACUCCCCCUCAUCUGCCUCGACUGGCUCAAAGUCUGCCCCGCCUCGCCUAGGCGUAUGCUGCCGCACUCCGCUCACCGUCCUCGUCAUCUCUCUGACGCUGUCCUUGGGCUACUUCCUGCUCCCAUCACGGCUUGCAACCACUCCCCCAGAUUCCUAUGCCCUCUGUUCCCCGGACGGCAAUAACAUCUUCACCGCCCAUGACGCACAUCCUCGCGUGCAAUGCCUUGUGGUGCAUGGAUCUCGAUUUGCAGAUGCCGGAUCUUUGCACGAGGUCCAACACCGAUGGCCGAGGUCUGUUGGCGAGAAUACCACAUCACCGCUUAGGGUCCAUUUCAUCCAACCGGGCCAGAUUGUGGUUCCGGGCUUGAGCGACUCGCAUGCACAUAUCUUGGAGUAUGGUGCUAUGAAACAGAUUCCUCUAGAGGGCGCACAUACGGCUGAAGAAACUGUUGCGAGGGUGAAAGAUUACAUUCUGUCUAAUCCAGAAUUACGAAACGACAAGUCAAAGUAUGUGGAGGGCUGGGGCUGGGAUCACACUCAGUGGAAGAAGGAGGAAUGGCCAAAUUAUGACGUCUUUGAAUCGGACCCUGACGUUGCUGGGCGGCCCAUCGUUCUCCAGAGCAAGGAUGGGCAUGCGCUCUGGAUCUCAUCUACAGUGCUAAAGUUAAUGGAGCCAAUACCCGAGGAAGUCCCUGGAGGCGCCAUCCUUCGCGACUCUUCCGGCAAGCCCACAGGAGUGUUCCUGGACAAUGCUCAGGACUUGGUGGUCCGACCCGAUCCCACCUAUGAAAUGCUGGAGAAACGCUUUGCGACCACUGUCAAGGAGGCUCUCGCGCGAGGAUUGACGGCUAUUCAUGACGCCGGCUUGAGCCCCCUUUCACUUGACUUCUUCCGCAGGCAGGCAGACGAGGGGAAGCUUCCCAUACGCAUUUACGGAAUGACAUAUUACGACGAGAACGCUGACUAUUGGGGAGACCGCGUGUCGAAAAUCGUUGGGGCUGGAAACAAUCGACUGACGGCGCGCAGCAUCAAAGUCUUUGCGGAUGGUGCUCUCCGAACAGGCGGAGCCGCAUUGUACGAACCCUACGCUGACAACCCAGAAACACGAGGAUUCAUGCGUAUCGAGCCAGAAGUAUUGAACUCCAUUAUACCGAGGUUCAUGCGGGAUGGAUGGCAAGUGAACGUCCACGCGAUCGGUGACCGUGCCAACGGCGUGGUGCUCGACGCGUUUGAGGAAGCGUUGAAGGGGGUUAACGUGUCUGCCCUCCGGCCACGCCUGGAGCACGCUCAGAUUCUAGCUGAAGCUGACAUGGCUCGUUUCGGGAACCUAGGAGUCAUUGCUAGCAUUCAGCCAACCCAUGCGAUAAGUGAUAUGUGGUUCGGAGAGGAACGGCUAGGUCCUGAGCGCGUCAAGGGCUUGUAUGCCUUCCGGAGUAUCCUCAACUAUGGCGCGCGGAUUACAUUGGGCUCAGACUUUCCAGUUGAGGACAUGAAUCCCCUUGCAGGCUUCUACGCCGCUAUUACGCGGCUGUCCCCAGACGGCACCUCGCCUCAUGGACCAGGCGGCUGGUUCCCAGAGCAGCGUAUGUCGCGCGAGGAAGCAUUGAAAGGGAUGACGAUUGACCCCGCAUACGCAUCCUUCUCCGAAGACACACUCGGAUCUAUUGUUGCAGGAAAACACGCGGACUAUGUCGUUCUCUCGCAGGACAUCAUGUCCGUCCCUGCAGACACCAUCCUGGAUACGACUGUCGUUGCCACGGUGCUCGACGGCCGGGCUGUUUACGGCUCGAUCUAA